AUGGCCAAAAGUGAAGAAGAAGAGGAGCCUAUCUCUUACACACAAGAAUUUCUCCGAUUUUGCCAGACAACUACAAUUCGCGGGGUCUCGCGCAUUGUCAAGGCACCCAAUAAAGGAAUCCGCUCAUUGUGGCUAACAUUUGUGAUUGCACUUUUUAUCGGGCUUUUUGCAUGUAUGAUUCUCUUGGUUAGACAGUACGUCGAUUAUGACGUUAUUCAUCCCCCCCGUGUCCUUCGUGACACCCCCUCGCCAUUCCCCUCGCUGACCCUGUGCAACCUGCGACCCAUCUCACCACCCGGAAUGAAAAAGAUUCGCAACCUCAAAUUUCGUGACCCGCGGGAGUUCGCAAACAACCUGAACAGUUUCGCCGCGGGUCUUUACUUUUACCGCAACAAAUCCCACGACUACGAGCUCGUGAGCAGCGCCAUCUCAAUGGGCGGGUAUUUGGAGAGUCUGCCCAAGGGCAGUUCGUAUUCCCUCGGACACAUGCGAAACGAGACUGUCAUUCAAUGCUUGGUGCUGUACUUGGAGGGCAGCAGUCGAAUAACAGAGCAGUGUGAGAAAGUGGGGAAAUGGCGUCACUUCUUCCACGCCCUUUACCUUAACUGUCACAGCUUCGAUCUUGACCCGAGCAUCAGCCAGCAGGUCCUCACAGUUGAGCUCUUCAGCUACCUCAAUGAACGCCACGAUGACGUCGAAUGCCACGACUGCUUCGCCUCCGAGAUUAAGUCUCAGCUGUCUGGUGCAGUGGUGGUUGUUCACACGGCCAAGACCUACCCCGACGUCAACCAGGAGGGUAUCAAUGUUCAGCCUGGCACUCUUACGGAGAUUAAAAUUAAGGCUAUUGAAAAUAUCCAAAAGGAACCACCCUAUGGACGUUGCUCCCUUGACACACCCACGGAGAUUCCGAGCUACGACAACAUAAGCUACGCAUACUCUGAGUACGGCUGCAGGAUGCUAACCAUUCAGAAUGAAAUUAACAAAAAUUGCAAUUGCAACGCGAUAGAAUUCCCUCGCAUGGAUGACACCCUCCCGUUCUGCAUGUCAAUGGUGGAUUUUGUGAAGGAAAACCGGUGCGUCUAUGAAGACAUGGUGAAGCAAGCGCAGGCGCUCAAUGCUACUGGUCCAAGCGAGGAAUUCCUCCUGUGCGAAAAGCAGUUGAACAUGGCAAGGGAUCGGAUUCUGUGCAAAGCCCAAGUGAUGCACAGGUUCCAGAGUGACGUUGUGCCCACGUGCACCCUUCCCUGCGCGUUUUACUCCUACGAGACGGAUCGGUCGACCUCGACGUGGCCAACCAAGUCCUGGCAGCUGACCUGGCUCAAAACGCCCAUUGGUCGCACCAUUCUGCAGAUGCCUGAGAUGUCUGAGUAUCGGAGGGCUGAAGAACUCCUCGACCAACCCGGUGAUAAGAACCGUGACGAAGUUCUGCGGAUCCUUGCAGAGAACAACGCCGUGGAACGAAACCUCCUGGCCAUCAUGGUCGUUCGACCGAAUUUUAACCUACACAAGGUUGCUGAGAAGGAGGUCUUUUCUCUAACCAGCUUCCUCUCACAAGCCGGUGGAUUGCUCUCCAUUUGGAUAGGUCUCACAAUGAUCUGUCUUGUAGAAGUCAUUGAAUUGAUCAUAAAUUGCAUCAACGUCUUCAAGGCUAAACGGAGAGACAGAAGGCACGACCGACUGGCAUUGCAGCAGCACAAAAACGUUAAAUACGUGAACCAAAAUUCGGGAACAAAUAAAACAGCAGCGGAAAACAACCUUUACUUGGAAGGUCAACGGAUUUGA